UUGAGAUUUUUAUUCAGUUUUACAUUUUACAUCGACGGUUGAACAUUGAAAAUUUCUAAGUGUAAAUAGGAACUAAAAAAAUUUCCUGUUUCCAAUUCACACUAAGAAAAUAUACACCAUACUUAAACACCUCUAAAAUGGUCUCAUUAAUGGCAUUAGCCAUUUCAAUUCUGCCUCACAUUCUUGGAAUCUCAAUUUCGACCAAUGAUGGAUGUUCGACUGCUCCCAAUGCAGCCAGUUGGAUAGUAUUUAUAUCAAUGGUAAUCUUCUGGCAUGAUUGCGAUCUCGUUCCCCGAAAGUUUUCACGUCUGCCUGCUGCGGCACGGAUAUUUUAUGAAAUGGUGACAUGUGCCCUAUUGAUUGACAUCGGUUUAACACUUCUUCGAUGGCGCUCGGACAUUCUGUUGCUUCAAGUGAUUCAAGUUCUACUCACCGUUAUGCGUAUCCGCGACUUGCGGCAUGGCAAGUGGCCAUAUGGCUUAAUUGGCGUCUUUGUUAUAAGUUAUCUAAUUGCUUUGGCCAUUCUUGGCUUUGUCCAAGUUGCCAAGCGUGCCUUCAAAAUUCUAAUACGUUUUGGACUUUUUCAACAUCCAUCAGGGGCAGAGGAGCGGGAACAGAACGACAAUGACGACAACAUCAUCAAUGCGGCUCAGUUUUUGAUGACUAUUGAUCAAUGUGGCAUGCGACAUUUUUUCUGUCACGGAUGUGCCAGUCGCCUAAACGACACGCUGCAUAAUUGAUCACAUAGUUUUGCACCAGAGUUUUGAUAAUCGAAUUUUAAAAAUUGUCUAUUUUACUAGCAAUUUCUGUAAGAUGACACUUAAAGCUUCCGUUCUUUAAAGAUCAAAACGAAAUUAUUUUAUUGUAAAAUGUCUGCAAGUCAAAUAAACAAGGAUGAUCAAUAACACCAUUA